GGGGAGGUGGGAGGCAGAAAAGGUGCCCUUGAAGGAGCCAAGGAAAGCUGUUCCUCAUCUUGGCCCUGCUGCUUUAGCUGGGGCCAGCUCGUUGCACUGGUGCUGGAUCAUGUCCGGAUAGGACGCUGCCAGUGUGAGAAUCACCUCGGGACCCCAGCUCCGAGGGGUCGAGCUCGGGUGGCUUCCUGCAGCAGGCGAAGGGGAGCAGCCGGAACAGCCCCAGGUGCGUGACGGCCGCUCGCCGCGAUGGAUUCCAAAGGCAACGUCCGCAGCGCAAACAAACCCGAGGCCAAGGCCCCCAGCUCCGGGAAGGCGGAAAAGCCCAACCCCAGCCCUGCCACAAACGCAGACAAGAAGGAGCUCCCCAAGGAGCAGCCGCCAGCCCCCGCCGGCUCCGCCGCCAAGAAGCCAGGCGGCGACCCCGCCGUCGCCAACAACCACAGCAACGCGAAGGCCAGCCCGGCCGCCACGGAGGCCGCCGGCCAGUCCCCUGACUCUGAGCACAAGGGCAACGGCUCCCAGGAGUCGCCAGGCGGCAUCUUCGACAGCGUGAAGCCCUUGCUGGUGGCGGGAGGGGUGGCGGUGGCUGCGCUGGCCGUGAUUGUGGGAGUGGCCUUCCUAGCCCGGAAAAAAUGAAGACGGAGCCCGGGGUGGGGGAUGAGCAACCCAGCCCAGCUGUACAGCUCCUCUUGAGACACAUGCAUGCAGGAAAAUUCUAUACUUAUCUAUAUAGAUAGAGAGAGAGCGAGCUACAUAGGUCGACAGCAAGCACCAACUGCAACUCCAAGAGUCUUGAACAUGACAACUGUGCCAGUGUUGACCCGGUGUGGGUAACUCCAUGCACUCGGUGUGUUCUUUCAUGUAAUAUAUCUCGGCUUGUACCACUGUGUAUAGAUUACAGCUUCUCCUGAUCGGUGUAAAUGACGGUGUCCCCUCCCCUCCCCUGCUGUCCUCCCUGGGAGACACCCCCACCUCUCUUGCAGUCCCCUGUUCUCGAGUCCAAAGUGUUCUACGUCCCAUCCAGAGUCCCCAGUUUGUGUUUUGGUUUCUGUUUGGUUUGUUUUUAAGCUGGGUUGGGUUGUGGUAAAGAUCUGUAAAGGGGAGACAGAGCCUAGCGCUACCACCCGCUUUGCCUGUUGCUGUGUGUUGGGCUGGUGCUUAUCCAGCACCCUGGGGCAGUCGCAGGCAAAAGGCAGCUCCUUGAGCCAAACAGAAAGGUGUCUGGUGUACCUGCUGCUCAUCAACCCACCCCUAAACACCCAUCUCGAAGGCACCCCAAAGAAAACAAGCUGAGGCUGCAGUGUGGCAGAGCUGAGUGUGCCAUGUGGGACACCACGUCCAGUCAUUCUCCUGGCUGAGCUGCCAGCGAGGGAGGGGGCAGAGGGGCCGUACUGUGCCUGACAGUGUGGUUGUCAGCUCUCAGAGGUGCCUGGCCCAAGCUCAGGCAGGCACCAGCUGCCCUCUGCUUUGGUUUCUUGCGCGUUGGCGGGCAGCCUUCAGGGCCCUGUGGCUCACCAAGGCCAUUUGGGCAGCACUUGGGGACAGAGAGACUUUUGUUUUGGAUCUAGUAUUUCCUGAAGUUAGGCUGGGCUUUGCAGGAUGCUGUGACCUCGGCCCAAACUCCCUCGGGGUCAGCUGGACUCUUGCUGUUCAUUUCUUCAGGCUUUCAUUCUUUAUUGUGUUUUCCCACUGAAGGAGAAGGUGUCUCAGUACAUGAGAAAGUAGCAAAAAAGGGAAACAUGAGCUAGUUUUAGGGGCAGAGUGGACCUGCUGACCUGCUUUAUAGCAGGGAAACCCUGUUCAGGGGCAGUGGAAGUCCAUCUAUCCAGGGGGAAUUUGUUACCUCCCUCCUGUGACAGUGGCUGGGAUUUGUGACACCUCCACACUUUGGAAAUGGAAACAAAUUCCCAUCCUCCAGGAACAGCCUGGUUUCGCUGGUGAGUACCUUGGCUCUAAAGCCAGACCUUGCUGGGGGGAGAAGGAAAGUGGGUGACGAGAGAGGGUGUGAUGCCCUUUCCCUAACACCAAGAGGCUGGCAGAUCUCAUUCUGAAAGCUUCCAUCAGGCUGCCCCUGGCUGCUGCACAGCUGUCCAAAAGAGUCUCACCAAAAAAGACUUUACAUUUUGUCUUUAAACGGUGUCUGGUCAGAUGAGCUCAGAACUGCAGAGCCCCCAGAGCUCAGCAGCAGCUGCAGCCAGCGAGCAGCAUUUGGGAGUGAUGGUCAGCAAGAGGCUGUGACAAAGGAGUGAGUUCAGUUAAAGAGCCUAAGCCUGACAUCUUUAACUGAGCCUGGAUGUAUGAUUCGGUUGGCACAGGGCCAGAGGAAGGUUAUGUUCCUCAGGUACUGCCUUUGCCGUACCUGCCUCAAGGUGACUGGAUGGUGGGUGUGUAUAACCUGACCUGGCAGCUCUUCUGGUGACUCAUGUCUGAUUUCCCUCCAGCUCCAGUCUGCUGAAUGCACAUGGCUUUCCCAAACAAAAGGUCUUUUGAUGCAGCUCCUAUGGUGAACUCUGUCAUUCUAUUUUCCCUAAGGCUCAUAAGGUAUUCCCAAAGUGGCCCAGCCUCUGGGCGUAUUGGAUGCUCUCUUCUGAUGGACAGCAGGCUGCAUGCAGCUGACGUUUAACAUCUACCUUUAACAGU